AUGGAAGAUGAGCUUGAUGACUUCAAUGAUUCACCAGGAUGGAGAUAUCUUGUCAAAUUGCCAACAGGAAUGGAAGAAGAUGAAGAAAAUGAAACACAUAUUAAGGAAGCUAUCAAUAUCAAACAGUUGUAUACUUUAGAUAAAGAUAAUGAUAAAACAGCUCCAUUAAUACCCACUCGACCAACAGAAGAAAUUGAUCAUGAUUUGUACAUAUGUUUAUAUAAAGUGGUAGAUAGUGAAUUAAUUGAUAAAAAAGAAUAUUUAAGAUUACCAUUGUCAUAUUUAUUUUUUAAUCCAUGUAACAUGUAUGAUGCAGACGAAGAAGAUUAUGAAUGGUUACAUAAAAGACCAUAUAUAACAAUAAAAGAGUUUGAGAGUGUUAUUGAAACUCUAGAAAAUGAAUCAACUGAUUCAAGUUUAUGUCUACCGGGUACAGCAGAGGAUAUUUUAAAAGAUAUGACACCUGGAAUUGUCGGUGAAGUUUAUGAUCUAUGGCUAAAUAAAAGAGCAGAAUGUAAUAAAAAAGGAUUAAGUUCAUUAAUGCCUAAGGUAAAGACAGAUUGUAGUAAAGAAGGUCUCAAUUCGGUGAAUCCUUACAUAUGUUUUCGCAAAAGACAUGAAAAAAUGCAAACAAGACGAAGUAAGAAGUGCGAAGAGGGAAAUUAUAUAAAAAUGUUAUAUCUCAAAAACAAUAUGAAAAUUUUUGAUAAACUUUUAAAGAAAAUGGAAAAAAGGGAAAAAUUGAAAUAUCGUAUUAUUGAAGAGAAUGAAAAUAUUUUUAAUAUGAGACUUUCUUUUAACUUAGAAUCUCAAAAUAUAAUAUCUAAAGAAAACCUGCCUAAGAGUACUAUUGUUAGUUAUGUAAUGAAUUCAAUUAUGAGUGAUAUUGAUGAAUAUACUAGAAAAAUUGAUAUAAAAACCAAAAAAAUUAGAGAUGGAAAGAAAAGACAAAGUUUAAUAUGGGAUAAAUAUGUUAAAUCCAUAAAUUGCAAAAAAAUUAAAAGAGAUAUACCAAUUAAUAUAAGAGAAAGAAAUUUAGUUGAAGUCAAUCUUGACGAUAGUGAUUCAUCUGAUGAGGAAACUAAUGGUAAUGUAAAAGAAGAUUUUGAAUUUAGAAGAAAAAGAGGCGUUACUUAUCGAGCUCCUAUUAGUGAUAUGAUGAAACCAGAUUCUUAUAUUUAUAAUGAAAUACCUUUUUAUGGAGGAGCAUUAAAUCAUCGUGAUCGUUUUUAUCCUUUCACAUUUUCUUCAAAAAUAAAUGGACAAACACUUACUAGAAUGAUCAGAAAAGUUCAAGGCAGGUUAGGUCAAACAUUUUUUGAAUAUAUCAGUGAUGAUUACAACAAGGAUCUACCCAAAAACUUAUUUGCUGUUCAUAAUAAAGAAUCCCAAAUAAAUUUAGACUUAUCUCCUUCGUAA